CCAGGCCCUGACACCAUGAGCUUCGUGGAGUACGAGGAGCUGAUCAAAGAGGGCGACACAGCCAUCCUGUCUCUCGGCCAUGGCGCCAUGGUGGCUGUGUGUGUGCAGCGAGGGGCUCAGACACAGACCCGGCACGGCGUGCUGCGGCACUCUGCCGACCUCAUCGGCCGCCCCUUUGGCUCCAAGGUGACCUGCGGCCGAGGCGGCUGGGUGUACGUGCUGCACCCCACGCCUGAGCUCUGGACCCUGAACCUGCCUCACCGUACACAGAUCCUCUAUUCCACCGACAUUGCACUGCUAACCACUAUGCUGGAGCUGCGGCCCGGCUGCGUGGUCUGUGAGUCAGGCACCGGCAGCGGGUCCGUAUCCCACGCCAUCAUCCGCACCAUUGCACCCACGGGCCACCUGCACACGGUGGAGUUCCACCAGCAGCGAGCAGAAAAGGCGAGGGAGGAGUUCGAGCAGCACCGAGUCAGCCGCUGGGUGACCGUGCGCAAUCAGGACGUGUGCCGCAGUGGCUUCGGUGUGAGCCAUGUGGCUGACGCCGUCUUCCUGGACAUCCCGUCACCCUGGGAGGCCGUGGACCAUGCCUGGGACGCCCUCAAGGUCGAAGGUGGCCGCUUCUGCUCCUUCUCACCGUGCAUCGAGCAGGUGCAGCGCACAUGCCAGGCACUGGCGGCACGCGGCUUCGGGGAGCUAAGCACAGUGGAGGUUCUGCCGCAGGUAUACAACGUGCGCACGGUCAGCCUGGCCUUGCCUGACCUGGGCGCUGGCCCUGCUGAGGCCAGCCCCUUUCGUAGCGGCACACCCCUGAAGGAGACCGUGGGCCACACUGGCUACCUGACCUUCGCCACCAAGACGCCUGGCUAGCUGACCCAGUGUGGCCUUGCCCUGCCCUCCCCACC